CGCGCCCACCAUGUCCGCGUUCACGACGACCCUCCUCCGCGCGCCGCUCGCGCCGGCCGUCCGCGUCCGCGUCCGCGCGACGCGCCGCGCGUCGCGCGUCGCCCGCGGACGCGCCGCGACGAUCGCGCCGCGCGCGGGACCCGACGGGAUCGACCGCGACGACGAGCUCAACACGGGCGUCCUGUACGAGCGCAUGAAGAAGCUCAUGGAGACGGAGAAGGAAGAGACGGACGCCGCGGUCGACGCCGCGAUCGAGCGGCAGCAGGCGAUCGAGGCGGGGAUCCGCGGCGACGCCGCGGAGCGCGAGAUCAAACCCGGCGACCACGACCAGCUGAUCGAGCACCUCCUCAGCACGCCCAUGGAGGCGAUGGACUACGAGACCGUGCGAUGCGGCCCGCUCAUGACGCCGGAGUUUCGAGCGCAUCUCACGGAACGCAUCCGCGAAGCCGCCGCGCGGGGGCCCCUCGGCGACGACGUCCUGUGCGAACUCCAAGCCCUCGAGAAGUGGACGAUCGUCGCGAGGGAGCGCCAGGAAGAGCGCGACGACGCGCUUCGCCGCCGCGCGAGGAACGCGGCCGGAGCCUCUUCCGCGAGCGACGCGAACGUCUGGACGCCCGCGGAUCAGGCGAUGGUCGACGGCGGCGACGCGUUCGGGCCCGCGGGUCCGACGCCCGUCAGAACCGUCGGGGAUAAGUUCCGGAUCAUCAUGGCCGCGGCUUCGAACGGCGUGGACGAUCUGCGCGGCGCGAUCGUGCAGCUCGCGCGCUCCGGGGAGAUCGACGACGCGCUCGUCGCGAUUCUGCAAGGGAACGCGGCGAGCGCGGAGGAGGAGGGGGACGCGGGCAGGGCGAAAUUCAUGCGGAAAGUCGCGGAGGCGUGCCUGCGCGAGAAGGAAGCCGCGGGGUGGUGAUGCCGACGUGGCGUGGCGUGGAGGGGGCGGGCGGACGUGAUUGGUUCGUUCGGGCACCCUGUGAUUCAUUUCCUUCGCUUAUGUGGUGGAUUAUGAUUGGUGGAUUAUGAGUGGUGGACUUAUGACGACGACGACGACGACGACGACGAAAAGACGACGGCGACGACGACGGCGACGACGCGUGCGUGUGUAAACUACGAUGUACGAACGUGUAGAACGUGUAUGCUGCUUGAAUGUAACGAUGACGAGUCAUUCCAAAC